AUCCAACAGGCUGGAUUCACAAAGAUGCAAGUCUUCCGAUCAUUGUCUUAUGCGUCAAGAGUCUCUAUCUGUAUUUUUAUCCUAGUGCUCUUCGUCGGGCAGUCGGCGGCCUCUCUCGGAGAUCGAUUGCCCGAUUUCAAAGAAUGUGUGAAGAUAUGUAAAGAAGAAAAUUGCCAGGAUGGCAAUUCUGCUUUACCACUCUACCUCCGUCUUAUGCUAUGGACCUGCGACGCGGAAUGCGACUACACCUGUCAACAUGUCAUAACGGAUCGCAGAGUCAACCGAGAGUUCCCAAUGUUGCAGCCCGUCGUACAGUUUCACGGAAAAUGGCCAUUUUACAGAGUGCUCGGCAUGCAGGAAGUCUUCUCUGUGCUCUUCUCCUUUCUCAAUUUCCUAGCUCAUUACUACGGAUUGAAAUGGAUCGAAUCCUCGAUUCCGGCUUCGUACCCUCUCCGCAAAUACUAUUUUGGGUUUGGAUACUUUGGAUAUGCUAGUUGGACCUUUAGCAUGCUCUUUCAUACACGCGACUUUCCAUUGACCGAGAAACUGGAUUACUGGGCAGCGGGUGCAAGCAUUCUCUACGGUCUCUUUCUCGCCGUCAUUCGCAUUUUCCGCCUGGACCAGGAACAGCCCAACUAUAAACCUGCACUUCGUCGGCUUUGGACCUAUCUCUGUGUCGGUUUAUACAUUGCGCACGUGUCGUAUCUCACUUUCUGGUCGUGGGAUUAUACUUACAACAUGAUUGCCAACGUUGUCGUGGGGGUUAUUCAGAAUAUCCUAUGGACAGCUUUUAGUAUCUACCGAUACCGGAAGGAACCAAAGAAAUCCUGGAUGGCGUGGCCUGCCAUGAUUGUUCUUUGGAUCUCGCUAGCAAUGAGCCUGGAGCUUUUUGAUUUCCCACCGUGGUGGGGACUGGUUGAUGCUCAUAGCCUGUGGCAUCUGGGAACUGUUAUACCUACUGCGUGGUGGUAUCUAUUUAUUAUACGGGAUGCCAAGAACGAUUUGGCUACGGAGAGAUUGAAGGCUUAGACAGCCGCACGUAGAAGCUGUUCCAACGCUGUUAUAUGUACUUGUAAUAUAGGAAUAUAUGAGAGAUUUAGCAAUACCUGUUAUAUUCGAGAAAUAGAACAGUUCUGUUUUCUC